CGACAAUUGAAUAUUCAGUGUGUACAUCUGAGCCUUCUUCUGGUGGUUUUAAUUGUGCCGGUAAGAAAUCUAAAUCAUAAAGUGGUACUAAAAUAAGUAAUUAAUUUAUGAACAGGUGUUGAAUUAAUAAACAAGGUGCCAACUAAGGUAACAUGGAGGCAGCAGUCGAUGCAGUUACAUGUCAACGACAUAGCUUUUCGGGGAGAUUCUUCACUCCCAGAUAGUAUAAAGGAACUUGCAACACCUUUGCAGAUUUUCUGUUACUUCUUCGAUUCACAGAUUAUGAAUAUGAUUGUUGAAGAAACCAUUCGGUCAGCACUAACGAAAAACAUAAACAAUCAAUUCAAAUUCAGCAUUGACGAUGCCCAUCACUACAUUGGAAUUUUAAUUUACAUGUCAAUUUAUCGAUACUCGAAUAUAAAAAGCUACUGGGGUAUAAAUGCAUUAGGACCUAUAAAACACACCAUGUCGCGAAACAAGUUUGAGGAAAUCAAAAAAUACUUUUCACUGCGGGAUGAGAGCAAGCGAAUCCAGAAAGGUGAGCCAGGAUACGAUUCACUGUAUCGCACGCGUACGUUUUUAGAUCACCUUAACCAGAGGUUUGACUCCGUGCCAAAGCAAGCACGACUCUGCGUCGAUGAACAAAUGUGCAGCACAAAAAUGAGACACCACCUUCGGCAGUAUAUGCCUAAUAAGCCGCAUAAGUGGGGUAUUAAGCUGUUUGUGUUGUGCGACUCAUUUGGUUAUGCCUACCGGUUUGAAAUUUAUAGUGGUGCAGGUGACAACGUUAUCUUGCCUGCUCAUCCAGAUCUUGGACCGUCGGCAAACAUUGUUGUACGCCUGACAAAAACGGUAGAAAGUUUCAAAAACUACAUCAUUUAUUUUGACAACUUUUACACUUCUUUACCGUUGAUGGUUUAUCUGCGUGCUAAAGGGAUAUAUAGCCUAGGAACAGUGCGUGUUAAUCGCAUUCCAAAUUGCAAGCUUCCGAAUGACAUUUCGAUCAGGAAACAGCCGAGAGGUUUUUCGACUGAGUAUGUCGGUUCGUCAUUUGGCAUCGAUAUAACAAAUGUGUUAUGGAAAGACAAUAAAGCCGUUUGCUUGCUAUCAACUUAUGUUGGUAUUAAGCCAUUUUUGAAAUUAAAUACAAAUGAAGGAAUAGCAAAGAUAGCUCGUUAUGACAAGAAAUCUAAAAGACAUAUUGAGGUUGAUUGUCCCCAAAUUAUUCGGGAAUAUAAUGCCCACAUGGACGGUGUUGACCUCAUUGAUGGGCUUAUGGGUCGUUAUCAUAUUCGAGCAAAAACACAAGAUGCAAUGACAAGAAUUUUUUACCAUUUGGUUGAUAUGGCAGCAACAAAUGCGUAUGUUUUAUACAGGCGCAUUAAAAAAGAAAACAAGAGCACAGACAAGUUGUUGGAGCUUCCGGAGUUUCGGGAAUCAAUUGCUGCUGGCUUAGUGGCAUAUCAAUGCAAGCGUAAACGCGGUCGCACAUUCCGUGAUUAUGAUUGAAAAUUUCCGUCACCAUCAUCCCAGCGAAUUGCACAACCAGGUUGGACCAUGCAAUCCCCAUCCACACCGAGAUCUUCAAAGCCAUCGCUCACAGUUGGUGAAAAAUCAAAGCAUCCAGUUUCAGAUGUACGGUUUGAUGAAGUCAACCAUUUUCCUGUUUGGAUGAGUCGAGACAGUGGCAAAAGAUGGUGCACAAAAUGUAAUUUGCACUUGUGCUGUACGGCAAAUAAAAAUUGUUUCUUUGAGUACCAUAAUCAAAAAUUAGA